AUGACGCGCCUCUUUAGCCUUUUUCUGUCUGUAGCGCUGAUCAGUCACGUGCAAGCCGAACCUUUAGCCGUGUUUCGAGACGACCACAUGAGGCACGAGACCUACUACGCGCUCGCAGAUCGCGGCUGUGCCUUGUGUCGUAAUGAAGAGAACUGUUCGCUUGCUGUGCACAACCAGUCGAGUGGCGUGUUCUGUAGUGACCUAUUGCCUACGUUCCAACCGUGUUGCUGUUCGUUCCGCAACGAAUGCAUAACCACAAUCUUUUCAGACUCGUGCGAAUGCUUUAAUGGCAUGAGAGAGGAUGAGAUCAUGACAGUGAGGUUUUACUUGUUUGUAGGGUUGUCAGUCAUCGCUUGGGGACUUCUUCUCUACGACAAAAUGUGUGCAGGCCCUUACAAAGUCAUGAACAGCAAUCACCAACUUCUGGCGAGUUCUCCAUCACAAGCAAGACCGAGAGGUGAAGACAGUGUGGUAAAUACAGUAGACAACGACUCGAUGGAUGAAGAGAUUCGAACUGUAGAUGGCACUAUGGCUGUUGAAGUCGCAGAGGAACUGCAUGAGAUAGACCGUGACAAUACUCCAAUACGACCUCAAUUCUCUUGUUUAACUGGUGAGGCAACAGAGGGUGCUGAUGUUGAAGUUGUAGACCACGGAACGCAGGCCGACGGUAAGAGAGAGUCUGCAUCUGAGAUCGCGUCGAAGGUGAUAGGAGGUCUAGAGGUUGGUAUCGGAGAUUCUAACACCAGGAGCGGUAAAUUGUCUUCAAUCUCCCCAUCUGUUUGA